CCGAAGCCCCAAGACUCUACCUCGUUCAUCUCUAUUCUCUAUUAUGUAUUUCAUAUUCACGACUACCAUAUUCAUCGUUGGCAAACAAAAAAGUUCGUUAUUACUCCAAUCUUCUUCAACUGGGUGGAAAUUGGAAAACCAAAUUUUAUUUUUAGAUAAAGGCGAGAAUUAAGUUUGGAGAAGAGGAAAUUCUACGAAUUUCAUAAUUUACUCUCAUAUUCAUCGGUUUCUCCAAUUGUUGGAGCAACAAAUUCUAUAAAGUUAUAGUACUAUUGUUCAGCGCAAGAGUGAAUUUUAUAGAAGUCUGAGGCAACACUAAAAGACUAGAAUGGAAAAGAUUUCCGCUGCUUGUGCUAUGAGUUGGAGCAUUGAGCUCGAGAUAGGCCUUCGUUCAAGAAAGCCUGGUAAGGCUAUUGGUUCAAUAAAUAUGAUUGGUCGUAGACUAAAGCAGUGGAAUAGGGAGCCACUACCCACAAUGGCUGCAUAUAAUAUGUAUGGCUUAGUUCUUGGGGAGGAUAGGCUAUUUGCAGAUGCAAUUCUUCUUAGGCUUGUAGAUGCGUUUGUUUCAGGAGACAAAGACAUUAAGAUUUCUGUCAUUAGAGUUUUUUUGACUCUAAGACACAGCAAAACACAAGACAGAGAAACCCGAGGAAUCUUUUCAGACAUGAGUGAGGAAAACAAACUGGAACUUUUGAGAAGAGUGAAGGUAGUUCUUAGUUCUGAUAUUGUUGAGUUCAGAGCUCUGGCUUUAAUUCUUCUGGGAUGUUGUGCUGAGAUUGCUAAAGAUGUUGCUGAAAUACGAUAUGCAAUAUUAUCUUCUUUGUCCUCUUCUUAUGUUUUGGAGGCUAAAGCGUCACUCUUUGCAGCUGGGAACUUUUCGGAGAUAUCGGAUGACUUUGGAUCCGUUUUCUUGGAUAGUCUUCUCAAACUAAUGAAUUCACCAAAAACUUUGCAGCCUCUAAGAAAAGCUGCAGCAAGGUCUUUUUCUAAAAUGGGAUGCUCACUAUUACUUGCAAUAAGUUCAUACAAGGCUGGCGUAGAACUUGUAAGAAAUACUUCAGAAGAGGAUAUUUUGGCCACUAUGUUGGUAUCUCUUACAAAACUUUCUUCAAAAGCACCCAUUUUGAUUUUGGAGCAGCAGGUAGACUUGCUUAAUUCAUUUCUAGCUCAGAGAACAAGUUUGCGCUUACUAGCUACAGUACUUCGAUGCAUGCAUAAUGUUGGGGAGCAAGCUGCAUGGUUUCUACCUAUUAGCGCUUCUCCAUUUAAGAAUUUGUUCCAAAUGCUUGAUGAAUUGAAUAUGCCUUCUGCUUUGCAAGAUGAUGUAUUGCAGCUGCUGCUGAAGAUGCUUGAUAAUGGGUUACCUGAUGUGCUUUUCAACGACAUUGAUGACUUCAUGAAGCUAUUGAGAUAUGUUGAGGAUGCGACUUGCUCUUUGAUAGUUUCUACAAAAAUCUUAGCUUUUCAAAUUUUGGUAAGUGUAUCUAUUAAGCUCAAGGGAGAAGAUGAUCAAAUAUUGGAGGUUAAUUCUGUUGCUUUUACUACUAAAGUUGUCUCAACUAUCAGUGAUCAGAUAACUUUGUUGGUGAAACUGGUACGAGGUGGUACCUCUAGAUGUGAAGUUGAGCAAGAAUUGGGAAGCAUGCUCAAGCUUCUACUUAUACUGGUUCAGAAUCAUUCAGAAUUGGGUUGUUUCAUACUAGAUAAGCUGCACUUUGUUAUCAAGAACAUGGAAAAUUCAGAAAACAUGCCUUCAGCUUCCAGAGAGAUUUAUGAGGUACACAAAGUUGUUAAUGCAGGAGAAAUACAAAAUUGUCCUAUACGUGUGUUUAUGACUUACAUCUACAGAUUUUUGGUGGCCUUCCUUGAAACUCUGGAUGGUUUUGGUUCUACCACUACUGAAAUAGUUGAUAAAUUUAAGCAGUUGGUAUCCUUUGUUUGUGAUAGCUGUUUUUUCGAUUGCUCUACCCACACAUUCUUUGCCCUUCUUCUGCAUUCCCUUCUCAACUGGAGCUUUUUACCAUCUGAGAACCAGUCUAGCAAUUCUGUGCAAGGACUGAGAGGAUCUUAUAACUUUCCAGAAGAUGAAGCACUUAUCCACAGAUGCGCAAAAAACAUGCUCUUAAGUGGAGAUAAUUGGUGUGCAUAUAAAGCUGGAAGAUAUGCUUGCUGUGAGGGAGAAUGGUACAUGGCUAAUUUUAUUUUUCAACAUCUAGAAGCAAAGGCUCAAUCUGAUGUUUGUUGUCACUGGUUGAAAUUCUUAGUUCAGUUCACCCAUUCUGAGAAGAAAGUCAAGGUGCUGCUUCAGCAAUCGUCACACUGUUCUAUUCUUGACCAUGUCUUGGUACCUUCAGCUAUGAGUAGCAUUCGGAAUACUAUCUCUAAUGAAUACAUUAAAGCACUUGUCAGUGCUUUUGGUGACGUUUCUUCAUAUAAUAAGGUUUUGGAAGCCAUUUCUUUGCAAACACAGACCCUUUGUUUCCAAAGGUGGUUCUUGGCAUUGAGGCUGAAAGUUUUACUUGCAUUGCUGGAUGUACUUAAAGUCUUAAAUGUUUGUUUAGUUUCCAAAGUUGAUCUGGAAGGCCUUAAAAACACCGGUGGAAGUGAGUUUAUUGAUGUUCAACCUGUUUCUCAGAGGAUGGAAGACAUAAUUCCUUUUCUGAAUGGAAUAUCUGCAAAACUUGCUAGUGUUGCAGAAGAAUAUGAUUUAAUUUCCACAGCUUUUGUUGACUUAGAUUCAAAAAGCUUGAGAGUAAUAUCAGAUUUGGCAUAUAGUUGUUCAAUGUUGGCUUUCAGCACAGAAUUAACUAGUUUGAUUUGUUCAGCUGUGUCUUCCGGUCUGACAGAUAAAUCAAACUAUCGCCAGAGUGCUAUUAUAAAAGAUUUAACUGUGCGUCUGUGGCACGUAGACUUUGAGACCUGUAUGGAUCUCAUGUCACUUUUAAACGGACAUGGGGGGCAUAAAAGUUCUUCGCAUUUGCUGCCUGGAUUUCAAAUAUCAAAAAUUGGCCGAAUCUCUGAACACAUGCUUACAUUGUGUAAAUCUAGUAUGCGGCAGUUGGUUGGAUUGCUGAAUGAGUGUUCUAGUAUAAAAAAUGAAAACACAGUAUACCAAGUAUACAAGGAUAGUAUGCAAAUUCUACUGAGUAUUACUGGAGCAUGGAUGCAUAUUCCUUUCCGGGUUCCAAAGUACUUCUUCCGAUUAAGACCUACUGUUGGGGCUCUUCUUUUUUCAAAAGGUGCUGGUAGCAGUAGCCAGAAUGAAGCUUUUGUCUCGCAGGGAUCACACUUAGCAUUGAACUUGUGUAUUCAACUUCAUAAUGUGAAUUCAGAUGUCUGUUCGAGAUUCUCCAAGAUACAUAUCAUCCUUUCUUGUAAAAAUCGGCAUACUCAUGGGGAAGGGUGGACAAGUUAUCAAGCAUCAGAAACAGAUACGAUGGUGGAUUUGAAUAAGAAAUUACGGGGCCAUGUCUUGAGGCAGGAUCAUCAAAAUGAUGGUGAGUCAGUUGAGGUGUUUGUACGUUUCAAAACAAAUGGCAGAGCACAAGGGUUCUCGAGCUGUCUUCUGAAUGUUUCAACUUUCCCCAUUGGUUCCUACAGAAUUCAAUGGCAUUGUGGCGGUGUUGAUCAUCAAGGAGUCUAUUCGAGUUUCUUACCGCUAAGUCCCUGUCCUCAGUUCAGGGUCAUAGAAUCAUCUUCUGAAAGUCUAUUAGCCUGACUACUUAGGGAAAAUGAAAGGAGUUCGAAAGUCCUAAAUAUCUUUGCUGUUAUAUCUCUCUUCUUUCAGAAUAAACUACCCUUUUUCUGUUCCCCCAUUUACAUCCAUUUUCAGCAAAGCAUCCCCUAAUGUCCAGCACCCAUGGUCAGCUGAAAAAUCCAGCAUUACCAAGAUCUGAGGGCACAUGGAAUCGACACAGCUGAAAAUCCAGCAUCCUUGAGAGCAAAACAUCAGCUAACUUCAAACACAAGUAGUUGAAUUGAAGCAAGACAGGUGUAACGUCAUUCGCUAGCUAAUUCGCUUUUUAAAUUCCGGGUUCGCUGGGAGAUUAGCGAAUCCUGUGACUCUGAGCAAGGCAAAGCAUUGAAAUUGAAGGUGUGUAUAAUUUUCAUGGUUAGAUUCUCUCCAAUCUUUUUUCUUUGAUUGUGAGCAGCUCCCUUGGUAGUUUUUGGUUGGAAGGCUUACUAUCUGUAGCUGGUGUUUUGAUGCAAUACUUGGAUGAGCUGGGAUUUGGGGUCUACCUUUCGAUAGGUUUUCUUGAAGUAGGUGAAAAUAAAGAUAUAUACAUAUAU